GAUAAGAGAGCCGAUAUUUUUGAGCGCGUUAGUUGUAUCGCAUAACCGCAAUAAGUGGGUACAAGAAAUAAAUAAAAUUAGUGUCUGUCGUCGGAAAAAAAAAAACAAUCAAAUGGAAUUCAAUAAAGUAUAAGGAUUAAAAAUAAUGUCAGAUAGAAUUAAAUCUCCUAUCAAAAUUUACAGGUUCUGGCAAAAUGCUAGUGUCAGCCGUAGGUGUGAACUCUCAAGCUGGUAUCAUCUUCACGCUCCUGGGCGCUGCUGUGGAGAACCAGGACAAGCAGAUCAAGCAGAUGAAGAAAGGUCAGUGCCUCCACAUACCACCGGUUGAGGUAGCGUUAGACUGUCCCCAUAGACGGAAGGCGCUUUUUCUGAUUUAAGUGGGCUGUACCCUUGUAAGUGGGUUGUACCUUUGGAGUUAUUUUGUACCUUGAGUUUGUUUUGGUAAAAUCCGCUCUAACUUGCGUAAAGAACAUUUACUUUACCAUAUUAAAGCUUUUAACUCGUAUAAAAAGAAGUUAAGUAAUUGACAUGGAAAUUGUACUGAACUUGAUUUUAAAAUGCAUCCCUUUUAUCAAAACACGUGUAAGCCUCAGCAUAACGUGU